ACUUCUCUCUCUGUUCUCUCUCUCUCUGUCUCUCUCUCUCUCUCUGCUUUUCUGGAGGUGGAACCAAAUCAAAGCUACCAUACAGAUAUACUUUUAUCACUGAACUUUAUAUAUAUAUAGAGAGAGAGAGAGAAAAAAAAAAGGUUUUAGAAAGAGAGAAAUAGAGAGUGGGAAUGGCGAGGAGAGGACAAGAUGAUGAGAACAAGGCAGGGGCAUUCUUCAUGGCGACUCUGGUGAUGUGGGGUGUGUCUGUGUUCUUCGAAAUAAUGUUCAACAAGCGCACCGAGCUCGUCCCCAUACUUGCUGGGUUUUGCUUCUUCCAGUCUGCCAACUGGGUCAUCCGCAAUUGGGUCUCUCGUGAUCCACUCUUCGUCAACACUUGCGUUUCUCUCCUCCAUUCCUCCAUAACCUCUGCUUCAGUGGUUUUGAUUUUGAUCAAUCAGUGGAUGACAAAUGGUUCAUACAAGAUGUUUGAUCAUUCACAGUUGUUUGGGGGUACUUGGCCUUGGGCAUACCAGGCAUUGUGCUUUUCUUGUGGUUACUUUGCAUAUGAUCAGUGGGAUAUGUUGCUUUAUCAAUUAUACAGUGGCUGGAUCCCUUCAAUCCUAUUGCAUCAUCUAAUACUCCUUGUUUGCUUUACGCUUGCGUUAUAUCGAAAUGUCACAAUCAACUACCUUAUUCUCACUCUAAUUUGUGAGCUGCAUUCUGUCUUUCUGCAUGUGAGAAAAGUGCGAAGAAUGGCUGGCGUUCGUGAUGCAAAGAGCAAAAUUGUGGAGGCAGAAUGGGUUCUUAACUGGGCCACAUUUGUUUUAGCAAGACUCACUUCUCAUGCCCUCAUCACUGUCAAGCUGAUCAAAGAUGCUCCUAAGUUUGGAAAGGGUGUGGAGCUUCCACUUGCUCUCUUUGGCAUGGCGGGAAUGAAUUUUCUGAAUAUUUUUCUUGGUGCUGAUCUCUUUAAUGCUUAUAGGAGAGAGAGAAAUCCCCAGCAGAAAUCGCAAAAUCAUAGUGAAUGACAGACCAUGUGCUGAAGAAUUUCGUCCCUUAGUUUAUUCAGUUUAUAUGUACUCUUAUUUUCCAAAAAAAAAGAAAAAAAGAAAAAAGAGAAGGUGUUUGCACAGGAAGUUGGAAAGAUUUUCUAUAGCAGAGGAAAUGAUUAUGUAGUUUGUUUUUUAUUGUAAAUUGGAGACAGAACAAUUUAGCACAGUUAUGAGUACGGAAAGAGAAGGCAACAAUACUAUGAACACCAUUGUACUUGUGUCUAUUGCAUAGAAGAGACUUUUUUGUGUUUUUUGGGCACAAAUAAAUCAGUGUGAACUAGUAGUUCUUGAUC